UUCUGGUCCGAUUCCUAAUGAACUGGGAAAUCUUUAUAAGGUUAGCGAACUUGUUAUGAAUAAUAACUCUCUAACUGGUUCUAUUCCAAAAACUUUUGCCAAUUUGAAAAACUUGUCAUUCUUGAAUCUUUCCGAGAAUAAGCUGAAUGGAUCUAUCCCGAAAGAAAUAGGCAACUUGACUUCACUCGAAUGGCUCGUGUUAAGCACUAACGAACUUAGUGGUCCGAUUCCUUUGUCUAUAGGUGAACUCAAAUCCCUUCGUUUUCUUCGUCUAUCUUCAAACAAACUUUCUGGUCCUCUUCCACAAGAGUUGGGAAACUUAGUAUCACUUUUCAGUUUGCAAAUAAGUAAUAAUCAACUCAAUGGGUCCAUUCCAAGUUCAUUGGGUAAGUUGACAAACUUAGAAAAACUGUUUCUGUAUGACAAUCAGUUUUCGGGUCCUAUUCCACAAGAACUAGGAAAACUGAAGUUGGUUCAAAUAGAUAUGAGCAACAAUGAAUUUUCUGGCAGUUUGCCGGAUGAAAUCUGUAACGGAGGAAGACUUGAAGUCCUGAUCCUUGUUAAUAAUAAUCUAACGGGUCGUAUUCCAAAGAGUGUGUACAACUGCUCAAGUUUGCUCCGAGUAAGGUUUGAUGGGAACAAUCUAACCGGAGAUAUUUCCAAAAAUUUUGGUGUGUAUCCGCAUCUCAAUUACAUUAAUCUCAACGACAACAAGCUUCAUGGGGAGAUCUCAGACAGUUGGAGUAAGUGCGAGAAUUUAUCAACUAUACAAAUGGGAGGAAAUCUAAUCAACGGUAGCAUACCUUCGUCGCUUGGAAACUCUUUUCAAUUAAAAGAGCUCAACCUAUCAUCCAAUGACUUGGUUGGUGAGAUACCGAAGGAGUUUGGAAGAAUGACUCGUUUGCUGAAACUUAAUCUAAGCAAUAACCAUCUUUCUAGUCGCAUACCACAAGAACUAGGAUCGCUAACUGAAUUAACGUCCCUUGAUCUGUCCAUGAAUAAGUUAAACGGGUCCAUUCCUUCUUCCCUUGGGGAAUGCUCAAAGCUCAUCUAUUUAUACUUGAACAGCAACGGAUUUAUAAAUGAAAUCCCAAUUCAAAUAGGUAGAUUUGUUCAACUAUCAUUUCUUGAUUUGAGUCACAAUUUGCUAAUAGGAAGGAUACCAUCUACUAUAUCGGGUCUAAGCAGUUUGGAGAAGCUCAAUCUUUCUCAUAAUAAACUCUCGGGUUCUAUACCAAAGAUCAUGGAAUCAAUGAAUGCUUUGUUGAGCAUUGACCUAUCGUAUAAUCAGCUUGAAGGUCCUGUUCCCGAAAGCAAAGGUUUUUCCAUAGAAACAUUGCAAGGGAACAAAGGUUUGUGUGGAAAUGUUAGAGGAAUGAAGCCAUGUCCUUUAAAAAAUCAUUCUCAGAAGGGAAGCCGCAAACUGACACUCCUGAUUUCACUUCCACUUGUUGUUGCUCUUCUAUUUGGUGUUCUCGGGGUCAUUUUAAUUUUCUAUACCCGGAGAUCUAAGAAGAGAUCAUCAACACCACUACAGGAGGAUGCUGCAGACACAAAAGGUGCAGAUUUCUUUUCAAUUUCGAAUUUUGAUGGAAAGGAGACUUACCAAGAAAUCCUAAGGGUAACCGAAGAGUUUAACGAAGCAUAUUGCCUCGGAAAGGGAGGAUUUGGAAGUGUGUACAAAGCAAAGUUGGCAUCAGGUGAGGUUGUUGCGGUAAAGAGACUUCAUUCGUCCUCUGAGGUAAUCAAUCGUGUUGAUUUUCUAAAUGAGAUCAAAGCAUUGACAAUAAUAAGACACCGAAACAUUGUUAAGCUACAUGGCUAUUGUUCGCACGUUAGAAACUCAUUUUUGGUUUACCAGUAUCUUGAAGGGGGUAGUCUAGCUAGUGCAUUGAGCGACAGUAGGAGUGCUCAAAAUCUAGAUUGGACCAAAAGGGUGAACAUCAUCAAAGGUGUUACUUACGCUUUAUCGUAUAUGCACCAUGAUUGUUCACCCCCUAUCGUUCAUCGAGACAUAUCAAGCAAAAAUAUUUUGCUUGAUUCAGAUUAUGAAGCUUAUAUUUCAGAUUUUGGUACCGCAAAGAUUUUGAACCAAAACUCAUCAAAUUGGAGUAACGUUGCAGGAACAUAUGGAUACCUUGCACCAGAACUCGCCUACACAAUGAAAGUAACAGAAAAGUGUGAUGUGUAUAGCUAUGGGGUUCUAGCGUUGGAAGUCAUUAAAGGAGAACAUCCAGGUGAUUUCAUUACUUCUCUAACAUCUCCUUCUGCUGGGCAGAUCAAGCUGAGCGAUCUGCUGGAUCAUCGUCUUCCAAUUCCACUCCCAGAGAUCGAGAAAGUUCUAACAUCCAUUUUGAUACAAGCAAUAAGAUGUGUAAAUUCGAAACCUGAAUUAAGGCCUUCCAUGCAUUAUAUUUCGAAAGAAAUAUCAUAGUUGGUAUGCAACAUGUAUA